UAACUACCCCUAUAACAUAUAUAGUAGACUAAGGUAGCUAGAUUGAGCUGAGCGAUGAGACAGAGGUGUUUUUAGAUUUGGAGAGAGAAGAUGAUACGAGCGGUAAUGGUGAUAAACACGCAGGGCAAGCCUCGCCUUGCUAAAUUCUACGAUGAUCAGCCUCUGGAGAAACAGCAGGAGCUUAUCCGCAACAUCUAUGGAGUUCUGUGCAGCAGGGCUGAAAAUGUAAGCAAUUUCAUGGAGGCUGGAUCAUUUUUCGGUCCGGAUACUCGCCUUGUAUACAAGCACUUUGCCACUCUGUACUUUGUGUUUAUAUUUGAUCGGUCUGAAAAUGAGCUUGCCAUGCUUGAUUUGAUACAAGUAUUUGUGGAAACUUUGGACAAAUGCUUCAGAAAUGUUUGUGAGCUUGACAUAGUGUUGAACUACAGCAAGAUGCACACUAUAUUAGAUGAGAUUGUAUUUGGAGGUCAAGUGUUGGAGACAAGUUCUGCAGAAGUUAUGAAGGCCGUCGAAGAGAUAUCCAAGCUAGAAGCGGCCUCAAAUUCCAUAUCUCUUGUCCCGAAAUCUGUUUCUAGUUGGCGGAGUCGGUAGCCCUAACAUAAGCGUUUCAGUGAUCCAAGAGAGAUUAUCUUCACCAAAUGUAACACUGACCGACCAAUACUGUUUCCUGGUUUUGAGUCACAGGUGCAGCAGAGUGUUCCUCCUUAACAAGUGUUGCACAAUCUUCAAAUUUUUUUAUUUGAUGCAACAACGGGUUCAUAUUUUGUGUACAUCAUUAUAAAGUUUGUGUUUCACAUUCAAAGCUCAAUGUUGCCCUUUAUGUGAAUAGCUCACGAGUAUUUUGAUUCAUGGGAAUUUUUUUAAUUAAAAAAGGGAGAUUUGCUUUUAUGAAUUGAAAAAAUCAGCCAAUUUGAUUUAGUGCUUCAGCAAAGUGAUCUUUAUUUAUAUAAUAAAUACUCUUUUUAUCAAAUUAUGAACGUAAUAUAUAUAAAUAAACUAUAUGACCAUAUCUGUUGCAAACAUCUAAUUGAAGAGUUUCCUCUUUUAGUAAUUAAUAACCGUCACUUCCUUUUCAAACCACCAUAAAUUCUAUUCUUAUAAACUUACAUAUAUUCAUACAGAAGAAUUCUUUUAACAAUCACCUAAAUGGACAAUCACCAGAAAUUCCAUUUCUACAAACUUACAUAUUGAUUCGGGAGAAAAAAUAAACUUCAAAGAUAGUGAUAAGUGACAAUAUUUAUGAGGCCAUAUUAAGAAAUUUUAAGUGGUCUAUUAGUCGUUUUCACUUCAUUACUCAAAAAAAGAAGAAGGCUAUUAGAGUGAAUCAAAAAGUUGGAAAUUUUCUUGUAUUUAAUUGGAGCUUUUGGGCAACUUAAGCCGAGUUUAAACAGUUACGUAAAUUCAUUUUUUCUUUCUUUUAAUUUCGAAUUAAGACAAAGAAACUGAGUCGAAAGAUUGUCACAUUUUUCUUUCUCUUUCUUUCAGUUUAAACCAAAAAUCAACCUGCUUUGUUAGUAGCCGAAACGACAUUCAAAUUCCAUUUUUCCUUCCCUGUAAAACGAUAAACGACAACUCCAAGCCUUGACCCAUUACAAGGAGUAUCCUCAUACAAAACCUCCAUAUCAAAAACCUUCUUAGCCUUCUUGAAAAAAGAAGACUCCUUCUUCCACCUCCUUAAGUGAGCCAUAACAAACGACGUCGUUUUCCCCCGACCACCCAAAAGGAAGUAAAGUGUUUGUAACAAAGGUUCAUACAGGUGAUCAUGAUACACUACAUCCGAUCCUAUAAUAACAUCAAACUCUCGCCCAAUCAGCUCCACGUCACCAGCCUCACCCCAACUCAACGACGCAACCUUAACGGUCCCACCGUUAACGGCCAAAGCUUCUGCGUUUGCGUCUACAUUGAAUUGAAGAUUGGGGAUAACGUGUGGGAGGUCAGUCACCGUUACAUUAGCACCGAGCGUCACAGCCGCGGCGAUCCCCAACAAACCGGUUCCCGAACCGAGCUCGAGGAUUGUGAGAGGGGGGAGAUCUGGGCCGUCGGAUGAGCGCGAUCGUAGGGCUGGGGAGAGUGGGCUCUUGUUAGGGUUACGGCGGUGGUCGUCGAGGAGUGUGACAAGCGUUGUGGCUGCUGGCCAGAGCUGGAAGGACAAGCCCUGAGAUGGGAGUUGUCUGGUGAGCAAGGUUGUGUUAAUGGAGGUGAUGUAGUGGUGGUCCAGCUUAGGCUGUCCUGGAGUAGAGUGACCCACCUUUGUCUUGGUAUCGCCAUUUUCGUCUCCUGAAUCUGAUAAAAGCAUUGUGAAUAAUUGGCUUAUGUCUUCUUCUUCUUCGUCAUUAUCAUUAUUAUCGUUUUGUUCCAACAUGUUUUAUUUCAGCCGCAAUUGAAAAUGACGCCUUUUGAAA